AUGGACAUGCAGGGCGCCUCCAUGACAUUCCAGGCGGGUGCCAGGGUACCCUCGGUUCAAGGUCCAUACAUGAAUCAAUAUGUCAACAACUCGGAGACCAAGUUGCAGAGCCCGGAAAAUCUUCUGUCUGAAUCUGGGGGACUCUCUGAACCGCCCGCAAAGCGGUUGCGGAUCACCCAUAAUACCUUUGAUAAAAUCCCAACACCUAUCGGCCUGGAUGGUGUAAGCCAAGCUGCUCCCCACGCUCAUCCAGUGGCAUCUGAAGGAUCACAUCUCGCUUAUCACAGUGAGAGGCUUUACACCGGUGGUAGUAGCAGUACCCCGAAUGAAUCCACCACCUCAACCGACUUGACAUCUUCGUUUGAGCCGAAAACCUCCGCCUCUCCCCCACCGGCCCCCUUGCAGUCAAUCCCGACACAAGACAUUGUAUUUGGGCCAAAUGUACUUGAAAGCGGUAAGGUCGAUUUGUCCAAGUGUCGACCUCGAGCAUCCAUCCCAUCCAAAAUCCAACCCUCUGUCUACGGCACACAGUGUGUUAAAGCGGCGUACGCGUCUCGGUUAAAUCCCUAUGCGCUGCACCGUCAAGAACAAGACUUCUUGCAAGACCAUCUGUGCCAUGUCCAUGUCACAAUCUAUCUUAACAUUCGCAAUGGAAUUCUCCUGCUCUGGGGCAGAAAUCCGAUGGUUGCUGUGACCAGGGAAGAAGCACUUGGAUGUGCAAAGGAUUACCGCUGGAUGAACCUGGCUUCGUUUGCUUACGACUGGCUGAUUCGCAAUGGCUAUAUCAAUCAUGGCUGUGUGGAGGCCCCACUAGCCCCAGUCAAACCUAAGCGCGGCAGACGAAAGGAAGGUCCUACCAUUGUCGUCGUCGGUGCCGGAAUGGCUGGUCUGGGAUGUGCGCGCCAACUAGAGAGUCUUUUCCGUCAAUACCGUGAUUCUAAUAUGCUGCCUCGGGUGAUUGUCCUCGAAGGACGCCGAAGGGUUGGUGGACGCAUCUAUUCCCACCCACUGACUAGCCUGAAAUCGAAGACUCUCCCCCAAGGGCUCGUCCCAAAGGCAGAGAUGGGCGCUCAGAUCAUUGUUGGCUUCGAUCAUGGUAACCCCCUAGAUCAGAUCGUUCGUGGUCAGCUUGCGCUCAAGUAUCACAAAAUCCGAGAUGUAUCAACAAUCUACGACAUCGAUGGGUCCCCAGUGAGUGAAAACCAAGACGCAAUGGCUGAAAAGCUUUACAACGACAUCCUCGACCGGACUGGGUUCUAUCGCCAAAAGGCCAAAAUUCUACCAACUGCCGAGGGGAACCGAGAAAUGAUUGAUGCUGGCCGAGAAUCUGUGGUGGACGAUGGACUCACUGUGCGACAAUAUGAGGAAGCCAGAGCGGCCGGAACGAUUGAUAAAUUGGUACCCACCAAGCGAGUCCGGCGAGGCAUCAAACACAAGACUACAGACAAUCAGUUAUCUGUGGAUGUCGCCAGUGACCUGGUAGGCAACUCAGAGGAUGACCCGGCAGCUUUGACCUGUCAGGCUACUGGAUGGAAACUUAACCCCGGAUACACCGUGAGCGACACCAUCGAGUUAGAUCAGAUUGCCGAGGUUUCUCAGGCGCAGACUCUCGGGGCAGUCAUGGACGAGGGCGUCAAGCAAUACCAACGGAUGCUCCCGUUAACACCCAAAGACAUGCGUUUGAUGAAUUGGCAUUUCGCUAACCUUGAGUACGCAAAUGCGACAAAUGUGAACCGGUUGAGCCUCUCUGGGUGGGAUCAAGACAUUGGGAAUGAAUUCGAAGGCGAGCACUCCCAAGUGAUUGGGGGCUACCAGCAACUUCCCUAUGGGCUUUACAAUUUACCGGAGAAGCUUGAUGUCCGUGCUCGCAAGACUGUCACUGAUAUCUCCUACAAUACCGGUGAAGGGAACAAACCUACAAAAGCGGUAGUCAAGUGCGAGGAUGGAGACACAUUCACAGCAGAUCAUGUUGUCUUCACCGGCUCACUUGGCGUCUUGAAAAAGCAGACGAUCAAGUUCGACCCCCCUCUUCCUGAUUGGAAAUGUGGCGCGAUUGAAAGACUAGGGUUUGGUGUCAUGAACAAGGUGAUCCUGGUCUUUGAACAGCCCUUCUGGGACACAAAGCGCGAUAUGUUCGGCCUUCUCCGCGAACCAGCCAACGUUGCUACCAUGGUGCAAGAAGAAUACGCAGCAAGCCGCGGCCGCUUCUAUCUCUUCUGGAACGUUAUGAAAACAACUGGACUUCCAUGCCUGAUCGCUCUCAUGCCCGGCGAUGCGGCUCAUCAGGCUGAAGCGACACCAGACGAAAUAAUCAUCAAGGAAGUCACCGGCCAGCUUCGCAAUGUGUUCAAACAAACAACGAUUCCUGACCCCCUCGAAACUAUAAUCACUCGAUGGGGCCAAGACCCUUUCACAUACGGCAGUUACUCAUAUGUCGCCGCAUCUGCCUUCCCGGAGGACUACGACCUGAUGGCCCGACCAAUCGGCAAUCUGCACUUCGCUGGCGAAGCCACCUGUGGCACACACCCAGCAACCGUUCACGGGGCAUAUCUGUCUGGUCUACGAGCCGCAUCUGAGAUCAUCCUACCAGUCGCCGGUCCAAUCGAAAUGCCUCACCCCUUAGUUCCAGACAAGUCCAAAGUCCGGAGCAAAUCAACCACACCUACCGACUCAACGAAGAAAAAGCGAGGAUACACAUCCAGCUCCCCCGAAACACCAUCCCAAUCCAAAUCCCAAAUCUCAACCUCCACUUCCCGCAAGCCUACAACAUCCGACCAAACCCGCCGCGACGCCUACGACCAAGCCCUAUGGACAACAAUCUAUGCAGAAUUAGGCCCAGCUCCCGUUCGACCUACAAAGUCAGGUCUAAACCCCUUCCUCUUCUACCAAAAGGACUUCUGGGCCCAAUGCCGUGACAAGUGCGACCAGCUACGUCGCACAGCAUCCAGUAAUCCCAACGCAAAGGCUCCCCGUGACGAAAUCCGCGCUGCCCUCGGCCAGAUGUGGCGCUCUGCGACUCCCGACGAGAAAAAGCCCUAUCUUGACCAGACGGAAGCUAAUCGUCGCGCCAAUGCCGAGGCUUGGGAUAAGUGGAAAGUCGAUGUUGCGGAGUGGGAGCGUGCCACGUUCGUAGUCAAGGAUCGAUGGUGUGCUGAGAAUCCGUUCGAGAGUUGGGUUAUGCCUGAUUAUCUUGCCGAAGGAACUGCUGAGCUUGUUCCUGUGCUUGGUACGGCUUUCGAUGUGAAGCCAGAGAAGUGA